AUGCCUCGGUUGGAUUUAUCACUGAAAAAUGUUGUUUUCCAACAAAAUGCAGCGUGCAUGACAAUAAAGCCUAGUAAGGGCAGCAAGAUUUUUGUUAACAUAACAAAUACGCUUUUCUAUGAAAAUGGCAAUAUUUCUUUGGACACACCGUCUAUUCUUUGGUUAAAUUCCAAAGAAAAUUUGAUCAACAUUCAACUAAGGAACUGCAGUUUCAAGAAGAACACUUUUAAGAAAUAUGGAAUGAUUGUAGUUGUAAACCAAUCAGGAACAACAAAAAUUUUACUAAAUCAAUUCAGAAUGGAAGAAAAUAGCCAUACAAAUCCAAGUAUUAAAGAAUAUGAUGGCUUAUUUCGUCUCAUGUCUGCUUGGGUAUUUAUAAGAUUGGAGCACGGGCUUGUUUAUAAAACAUCUUCUACUUUUCUAACUGUGACCGGGAACUCAGCGGAAAUCAACAUCUCAAACAUUCAGGUGGACGGAUUCCACUCAGUCACUCGUGGAGGUGGCGUAGUAAACCUUUUGCAAAUUGAUUCAAGUUACUUAUCAAUCAAGGAUUCCUCUUUUCGUAAUGGAAACAACAAUGGUACCGGCGGUGUCGUUUCAAUUCGUGUGCCAAAUUUGGUGCUAACCAUUCAAAACUCGACCAUACAGAAUAUUUCCAAUUCUGUUUACGGUGGCGCAGUGUAUAUUGAAUCGCAACAGAACAGACAUAUACAAUCGUCGAAUCGUGGCAAACAUUUCUUUGUGGAUCUACGCAUAAUCAAUACUUCGUUUUCAUAUAGCGCAUCGAGGAAGGACGGUGGCGCAGUAUACGUAGUAGCUGAAAAUUUAUUGGCGACUGCCCGGGAUAGUUCAUUUCUACGAAAUAGUGCUACACAUUCUGGCGGCGCACUGCUCAUCUCUACGAAUAAUGCUGCUAGAAUCAGCUUUUACAAUGACUAUUUCCUAGAAAAUAGUGCUGAUGAUGGAGGAAUUAUUCAUGUCAUAGCUCUUCUCGGAAACUCUAUAUUCAAUCUUUGUAUUACUAACGUUGCAUUCAUCCACAAUAAACUACGCGCAACUCCGCCAGAAGCUUACGGCAUUGUAUUGCUUUGGGUUCGAAGUACAAUAAUCAGUGUCUAUAUAAAAAAUACGCGUUUCAUUGGGAACUUGGCGAAGCAAGGUAGCAGCAUUUUCUUUCUCUUCAGCCAAUCCACGUCACAUUUUGUAACUUUAGAUACCUGCAUGUUUAGAGAAAAUAUUGGGAAUGCAGGAGCAGUAUUUGUAGGAGGACACGCUUCACUGACGUGCAAACAUUCAAUCUUCGAUUCAAAUAGUUUUGCGUCUUGCAAAGUCGCUACAAUGUUCCUGGCUUUAAAUAACUCAGUGAUUUUCAUCAUGAACACGACGUUUGUGAACAAUUUUUGUGGAGCACUUCAAAUAAAUCUGAGCGGGACAUCCAGUGUAAGCAUAUACGAUUCUGCAUUUGUUCGCAAUACGAAUAUACACGGUUCUGGAGGAGCUCUAGAAAUCAUUUUCGACGACCGAACUGCAUUCAACCGAACUAAAAUCGACAAGGAUUCUGAGAUUUUCAAAGUUUUUAUUACAAGAGUAUUGUUCCAAGAAAAUACGGCGGCAGUUGGAAGUGCUUUGUCAGUGGUCGGCGGCGAAGUGCUUUUAACAAAAUGUAGGUUCUUGAAUAAUUUUGCACUUUUUCAAGGUGGUCAAAUUGUUAGUGGAGGACGUGGUUCAACUGAUCUGGUAAUAGGCCAUUCAGUGUUUAAGCAAACAAUUCAAAAAAUCGUCAUUAAUAAUACAAAGGAAUUCAUGGCCACUUCGUUCCUAAGGCUAUUCAGUUCUGGUACGUCAUAUAUAUAUAACACAACACUUAACUGGGACACAAAUUCGAAUGAACCACUGAUUCUGGUCACCACAGCAUAUCGGGUAUUUUUUGACAACGCAUCGGUGAGUACUUGCCAAAUGGGUCAUGCUAUUGAAAAGACAAAUUUUUAUUAUAAAGGCAGUGAUGAUCGUGAUACUACCUCUCUUACAUUGUCCUGCAAGGCAUGCGACUACAACUUCUACUCUUUGCAAAGAGGAACAGCAAGAGGACUGAACGUAGACGAUAGUUUCGAAUGCAUACCAUGCCCGCGCGGAGCAGACUGUGUUUCAGCCAUCAGGGCAAAGUCCAACUUUUGGGGAUACCAAACUAGUUCAAAUCCUCCUGAACUAGCCUUCACAAUUUGUCCGUUUGGUUACUGCAAGUCGCCGCCAGCUAACAGUAGUAAGUACAAUGAUUGCCAAGGAAAUCGUACAGGAGUUAUGUGUGGGGUGUGUUCUCAAGGCUAUACAGAAGCGCUGUGGUCAACGUACUGUACACCAGUCAAGGACUGCCAUGAUCAUUGGUUUUGGGUCCUGUUUCUAGCACUAGUCUUUACUAUGGCUAUUCUUCUUGUUUUCAAGCCUCCGUUUGUAACGUAUUCUUUAAAACAGAUAUUUUGGUUUAAAAGGUUUGUAGGCAGUCGUACAGCAAAUAUUCAGGCCAAUCAUGACAUAAUUCGCUUCCUCUCAGUGGACGAAGAGACCGAACAGGAAAACAUACCGUUGUCUUCAACACAGCAACUCAAACAAGAGAAAAGACAAUUUUCUCGCUUUGUGGAGAUUAUUUUCUACUUCUAUCAAAUAGCACAAUUGCUGCUUUCCUCGAGUUCUCUUACAGAAUUUUUUCACACUCAAUACCUUGCACCUGUUUUGGGCUUCUUCAAUUUCCAACCAAGUUUUAAGAAACAAGGUUUUCUGUGUCCUUUUCCAGGUCUCACUCCAGAGACAAAGUUCGGUUUUAAAAUUGCUCCUGUCUUCGGAACUUUAGUUGCUAUUUUCCUUAUCUACGCCUUGCAUUUCUUCAUCAGUCGUAUGAGAGGUUCCAUUCGUCCUGCUAUUUCUCCAUACCUCCAAGCUAGUAUUAAAACUAUAUUUCUCGGCUAUGUAACCUUGGCCACUGUCAGUAUUUCGCUCAUUCGCUGUGUUUUUGUUGCAGGCGAAGCUCGGUGGUUCUACAAUGGAAAUAUCUUCUGCUACCAAUGGUGGCAAUAUGCGUCAUUCACUUUUAAUGCUACCUUUGUGAUUCCUUUGAUAUUUGUGCUUGCUUGGAUUUCGUUCAAACUUCACCAUGAUAAAAUAACAAUCCAACAGUUCCUUCUAGCCAUCAUCUGCCCCCUUCCAUUCUUACUACUAUGGUUGUUCCGCCUUGUUUGUCCAUCUCCAGUAGCGAAUGUAGAAGAAAACCAAAAUUUAAACGCUUUAAAAGAGAUGCUCUUGGCUCCUUACAGACAGCCGAAAGGUGGAAGCAAGCGAGGGGCUUUAUAUUGGCAGAGUGUUUUGAUUGCUCGUCGAUUUAUUUUGGUUUUAAUCUUCUGUGUCGUAACAGAACCAUCUAUCAGAUUAUUCUGCAUGACACUUGCUUGCGUUUUUGUGCUUUGCUGUCAUCUCCAGGUUAAACCAUUUCAAAAUUCGUUAGCAAACAAUCUCGAGUCUCUUUCUUUGUUGUUUUUGGUCAUUUUAGGCUUGAUCAACCAGUUUAAGUCUGUGUUCAUUGGUUCCGAACAAAAUAUCAAGGGUUCUUUAGUAACAGUAUUGAAAGUGUUUCAAUGGCUAGAGAUUGUUAUAUUAGGACUAUUUCCAGCUAUUCUUUUGCUUCUUGUAUGCUUUGCUACAAUUUCCGUUUUUCUUCGUGUUCUCUUCAUGUGCUUCAGGUCGACUUUUAAAUGUUUGUUCAGACCUUGUGCCCAGAAGUGGUUUUCACGUGAUUCUUCCCGUUUGCUAAAUGUUUGUGACAAUAACGACAAUCAAUAG